AUGUUUUCACAACCAUCCAGCACCACAGCAAGCACUUCGGAACUGGUAGUUGAAAUUGAUUCUGGAUCCGACAGUAGUGAUGUCCCACAAAUUAUUGCUGUUCGUAAGGAUGCAUCACUUGUAGCAACAAAAAGUGGUCAAGCUGUACGACCAGCGACUAGAAAUUCAACCAAACAAGAAAACAAAGACGGAAAGAAAAAAAGAAAGCUGUCCCCAAUACCUAAACCUGAAAAAGCAGGAUUUAAACUAUACUUGAAAAACACGAUUGGAUUUCUAACUAUACCUCUAAAAGAUAGAAGAAAGGAAUUAAAACGAGCUUGGAAAAACCUAGACAAAAAUACCAAAGCUUAUUGGUGUGAACAAGCAACACAUGCUAAAAAGAAAAAAGUGACUACCACUCAAGUUGCACCUGUGAAUAUCUCCACUAAUUCUACACUCGCUCAAAAUUCCACAUCCAUAGACACAACACAAAGUAAUAAUGUUGCAAGUGUUAAAUCAUCAUCACUAAUUUCUAUAGUUGCUCCAAGUCAAUCUACCCUUGUAGUUGCUAAACCUCCAUCCAUGAACACUAUUACACCUAAUUCACAACCAUCCUCGCAGAGCCAAUUGUCUGCACAGUCCUCUUCGAAAUUACCAUCCGUAAGCACUUCAACACAAAAUACUGACACAAUUGCUGCUGCAAAGAAUAAUAUUUCACAAGAGAACACGAAAUCUGUACCUUCGAAAUCAACAAAAAUAGACAGGGAAAUGUUGUCUCAGUUAAGGUCAAGGGAUUCAUUUAGGAUUGUAACAUGUCCAUUGUCAAACAAAAUCAUGUCUUGCCCUGUCAUGGCAGCAGAUGGAAUUAUUUAUCAAAAGGAUGCUAUUGUAAAUUAUAUAGUUCAACAUGGAUGUAGUCCACAUCAACCAACAACUAAAUUAUUGGUGACCUCAUUAUUACAUGCUGAUCCAUUCAAAAAUCAUGCUGUUUCACUUGCCACCACGAGAAUCCAGCAAAUUGAACAAGUGUUAAAAGAAAUUAAUUAUGAUCAAUUGGAAACCUCAUUGUUAUAUGAAUGUCUUUGUGUACUCAAUUUUGCAUUUAAUAUUUUAGAAGAAGUUGGGCAUGCCAUGCAUGAAUCCACAAGGUUUUUAAAAAUUGAAAAGAUUAAGGUAUUAGACACCAUACGAAAAGUCUUUUGGAAAAACAAAGAGACAUGUCUCUCCACUAUGACCAUAUCUACCUUUAAUUCUGAUAUGGAAUACAUCCAUGUUUGUUUGAAAGAGAACAUUGAUGAUCCUUCCCUUCCAACACUCAUUGUCACACUCUUGAGAAAUUGUUCUCAAUUGUGUAUUGAGGAACCAACUGUUACCAAGUUAUGCAUGGAUUUAUUCAAAUUGUGUGAAUCUUCCUUAACUGAAUUCAUUCAUCUCUUUGAUAUUGAAAAAGAUCUUCUUUUAAUGCAUCAAGUAUUGACAUGUUUGAUGAAGACCAAAACAUGUUCAUUUCAAUCCAUCUCACAAGAAGUUAUUAAGAUCAUGGAUCCAUUGAUGCACAACCAUACGUCCACCGAACACAACAACACGAGUCUUUUUGAAAAACAAGCUCAACUCAUUAGUCAUGAAUUGAUCAAGCUCUUGGAUCAUGAAACACUCUCUAAAUAA